CAUAGAUUACUAAUAUCAAGAGAGAAAGAAAAUAAAACUUUUGUUAUUUCUUAUCAAGUUGAGACGACACAGACUCGAGUUCCCAUUCACUAUCCCCCUUUUGCAUUCAAUUGAAGCCAUAGUCGUUUCUUUUACUCCUUCAAUCCUCAUCCACCUUUGUCCCAUAUACAUUUUAUCCUUCUUUCCCAUCUCUGUCUCGUUGAAAAAAGAAUGCCUAACCUUUCAGCCGGAUAUAUGAUUUUAAGAUGGAGGAAUUAGGGUUUUUGGUGUAACAGGUGAUGGAAAAGAAAUCAAGUGUAAUUCAUUGUCUCACUUAGAAAUUAACUUUUAGGGUGUCAGAAUCAAUUGCUUCGUUGAUGGGAUUAUAGCAGCGAGAACACAGAACAGGUAGGGCGAAAUUGUAAUAGGUGCAAAGUUCGACCUAGGAGGAUUGUUGCAAAUUCAUGGACGUUAAGAAAACAGUUAUUCGCGGAAUCCAUGAUCUUCGCAUUGCCUUUCCUGGCAGAGGGAGGUGCAAACAGAGGGAGACGGAAAAGGAGCACUAUGGUCGUUCGGACGACAUUACGGUGGUUCCGGCAGAGGGAGACGACACGGUGGUUCUAGUGACGCUACAGUGGUUCUCACGGGUUCCCGCGGUGAUCAUUUGGUGUAUUAUGUCGAAUUCUAGUGUUAUUGAUGGUGAUUUGUAUUCUUCUAUGAGUGAGAGUGAAGAAGAAGAUAUUGAGAACUCAUUUUUUGAAGGUGGUGAAUCUUCAAGUUCAGUACAUGAUGCACAAUAUUUUGAUGAUAUAAUUGGAGAACAUGUUUAUAAGCCAGAUGUACCUGUUCAACUUAUUCCUUUUAAGGGUUUAAUCUUCAUAUCAUUAAAGUUGGCUAUCAAAAUGUAUUCUGAGUAUGCUGAAAUUGGUGGUUUUGAUGUUAGACUGAGCACAUAG